AUGUCCAGAUAUGUAUGUGGUAGCCAUGAGUUGAAAUCAAAUGCAAGCAUUGUGUCCCCCAAAGAACUGGGAGCUAGGUCGUGGUCUGGAGAUGGUAGACGGCCAUCAGGAGCACUCCACUCGACUGGGUUCGGCUCACUGAUCGAGCUUGCUCUUGACUCGAUCGAGUGUGCCUCGAGUUGGCCACUCUUCUUCCCAAAACCUGCUCCUGUCUUUUGGAGCAUUCUGGAGCAUAUGGGACACAAGGAGCAUGGAGGGACUUGGCACAUGGAAGCAGCUCAACUGGAUACGCAAAGGAAGAAGGGAGAAGCCAUCUUGAAGACCAGCUCGACCGUCCUACUCGACCAACCGGUCGAGUUCCUCAACUCGACCGGCCAAGCUUCAACUCGAUCGAGCUGGGGAGUCAAAGUCAAACCCGAAAAAUGUUGCUUCCCCCUUGACUUCCCUUUGACCCUAAACCUAAUCCUCUUUGUAUUUAAAGGCUCUAGCCACGAAAAAACCACCAAGCUUUAG